AUGUCAAGCCCUGUUGAGAAUUGGCUUACUCUCGAUUUCGACAAGAACACUCGUAAGGAAGCUCAAGAGCUCACCCCCGAGGAGAUCCAAGAUCGCUUAAAUCCUGAUCAUCGUAUGGAGUUUGGUACCGCUGGUCUUCGUGGCGAGAUGGGAGCUGGCUUCAACCGUAUCAAUUGUUUGACUGUGAUGCAAGCUGCUCAAGGAUUAUGUAUGCAGUUGAUCGAGAGGUUUGGUGAAGAUGUUCUCUCCCAGAGAGGUGUUGUCUUUGGUUAUGAUGGACGACAUAACUCUCGUCAGUUCGCCCAUGUUGCCUCGGCUGUCUUCAUCACGAAAGGUGCCAAAGUCUACCUNNNNAAACGAGCAACUACGUCCUUCCUGGCCUUGUCAAACCAGUGA